UCGAUCUGCGACGGCAAAGCUGAAUCGAUCUGCGACGGCAAAGCUGAAUCGGCCUGCGACGGCGGCCAUAUAGCUAUCUGCUGGACCCGGGAGCCUGGCCCGUCUCCGUCUGAAUCGAAGCCAGCCCGAACCCAUCGCCGCUUUCAUCUGCGCCAGCCUACGCCAAAUAUCCGUCUCGCAUAUCGUCGCAUCUGUUUCCGCCCAGAGUUCAUAUACACCGCAGCAUCAUGCCUCUCCGGGCCCGCUUUCGUCUCGACCACACAUCUGCCCCGUGGGCGGCGUCACAGUCUGUCGGUUCUCUCCGGCUACCUGUCUCUGUAUACCGAGCUCACGAAGCUCGGUGCUAUCAAACCUUUGUCGAAUCCGCGGUCUUUCCACAGUCCUCUUCCAAGUACUGGUCCCGGACAGAGCCGCUUCGUCUUUGUCGCAGUGCAAUCGCAAGUCGUAGUGGGCCCGGAAACAGACUCCGCGCCUCGUCAACACUAGCAGCAAACGAACCCCAAAAGACCGAGUACAUCAACAAGCCUCUGUUUUCGCCAUUCAACAGCAGCACGCCUGAUCUCCAGCGACCAAAAUGGCGCUCGGCUCGCUCGAUGCACAACCGCAUCAUUCGCGAGACUCUCCGAGAGAUUGUGCAGCUCAUUUCCAGCAGCCCAAUUUCCGAAGACAGGCAUCGCAAGUACGACGAAUCGUACCGGAGCACCAUCAAACGGUUCUCACGCAUCUUGCCGAAGCGGGACACCUCGGUUUUCCUCGACAGCUCCGAUGACCUUCACCCAGUCCUGCAGAACCCCGCAUGCUGCAUGGUUUUGCUCUUAGUAUGGGACUGGUUCACCGCAGUCAAGUCGACCGGAGUUAUGGCCGAUGCCCUUUGGGCGUCCAUGAUAGAGGCGCUGAUGGAAUGUACACGGCUGGCGCUGAAUCCCUGUGUCGCCGACUGGGAGCAAGCACUUGCUCGUUUCGAGUCAACAGACAGAGGCAAUCCCUCUGCGGCGCCAAUCAUGGCGCUUUGUCUGGCAUGGAACUUUGUCCACAACGACCGGAUCGACCUUGCCGAAAGAAUCAUACAGCGAUGUGUCGCUCGUGGCACGCAAGAGCCAUCGCUCCCGAACCUCGAGAUUGCCUAUCUCGGCAUCGUAAUCCGACACGCCAUAUUAAUGAAUCGCAUCGAGCAGGCGCAAGUUGUGUUUGCCUCGGUGCUGCAGACUUACCGUGGCAAGGGUAGCUCUCCGGAGCUCGCCAGCCUGGUGCUGGACCCACUUAUCAGUCACUUUGUUUUGCAAGACAAGCUCGAGACCGUCUUGGCCCUGGUCAGACAGAUUCAAGAGCACGAUAUAUCGCUGGCUCGCACAACUGAAAAUCUGGUGCUUCGAGGCCGCUUCCGAGCCAGCGAUUUCACAGGAGCCGCAAAGAUGCUGGAAAGCAUAUCUGCAAGUAGCAAGCUCUCGGGUUUGGAGAUCGAAACAGUCGUCACCGGGCUCUGUCAGCUGGGCUACGCCAACGUGGCGUAUACGAUACUCCAGGCUAUCUCCGUCCGCGGUUCGAUUACAUCACCGACCUACAACGCCGUCAUGAUUGAGUUGCUCGCAAACCGAAACUUCCAGCAUGCACUGGCGUGUUUCGACGAGGCCAUUUUGAAUCCAAGCUACGUCCCGUCAAGGCAAGUCCUGGUGGCCUUUAUGCGCUCAUCAGCACAUCAUCAGAUGGUUCUGCACGGGCUGCGCUUCUAUCGCCUCUAUCUCCAGUGCGAAUACGAGCCCACGAUCAACUCGUACAACGCCUUGAUCGAGCUCUUUGCCAAUGCAGGUGAUACUGAGACCGUCAUGGAGGUCUUCACAGACUGUCUGAUCGCGGGUUGGUCGCCAAACGUGCAUACCUACUACGCCAUGCUGCGAGGAUACUCGAAACAGAAUGAAAUGAUGAAGAUUUCGGAUCUUUUGGCCAAACUUCGACUAUCUCGACAACCACCGACCUUGUCGAUGAUGAAUCAAAUUGCCUUCACUUUUUGCAUGUCCAGGAGCCCUGAUGACUAUGCCGAAUUCCUUAGAUUCUUCUCGAACGAGGCGCUCCGGCUACUGAAGAACAGCUCGCUCAGACUGCCGCCUGAGUUCUUCAUGGCUGUGGUGUCGACGAUCUAUCGAAACAAGGAUUGGACGAGACUGCAGCAGGUCCAGCAGCUGAUGGAGAACCACGAGAUACCAAUGACCAAUAGCGUUGUUCGUAUCCUCUUUGAUGGAUACCGCCGGGCCAAGAUGGUCGACGCCGCCCUCCAGCUCUGCUACAGCAACAGGAACGUCUUUUCGAUCGUGGCGACAGAGAAGCUAGAGCUGUUUUUCCGGACGCUAUGUGCGAGCCCCAAGCACAAGGACGAUGCACUCCAGUGGCUGCGUGCCUAUUUCCUGGCAGGCCACCAGCCAUCGUCCAACAUGUAUAACUCGCUCAUCUACAUGGCGAUGAGCGCAAACGACUCUGUCCUCGUCGAUCAGAUUUUUGAGGAGAUGCACCACCGCGGUAUCGACUGGACACACGAAACCACCCUCUAUCUUGCCAUGCUGCACUACGGAGCCAAGCCGGGUGGCCUCGAGACCGCCUGGGAUUGCUGGCGGCGCUAUAUUCCGAUCGCGGAGCAAGAUUCGGACGCUUCGGAGCGGUUCUUCCGGAAGUGCCUGAAGCAGAUCCUGGUCGUUGCUCGGCGGCACCGCAAGCCUGAACUCGCUGAGGAAGUUUGGCGAGAUUGCGAACGCGUUCUGGAAACCGAGCAUCCAACAUGGACGUUGUCUAUGCCAGACGUGGAAGCGCUGAUUGCAGAGGUCUGGGCAAAGUGGGCCGAUGGACAAUGAGGCGUUGGCGGCUCGAGGCGAGACCCUUGCCGCGGCCCCCAAAUUUGAAAUACAAGCUACCGCAGGAGCAUUCCUGCCGAUUCCACAGUCUG